AUGAAAGUUUUACUCGAUAAUCCGUCGGCUAGAAGCCAGUUGAAUUCAUUUGUUGAGCAAGCAAUUGCAAAAAGUCGCGCGUGUUGUUUUGUUGCAGGUUUGCUUGAUAAUUAAUUAACUGGUUUCGUGACAACACUUUGACAAAAAAAUUCUUCCCUUUUGUUUUCCUCUAGUCACCUGCACCGUCAAAAGUUGUACCACUGGUAAGUAAAAGCCAAAUGUUACAAUUUACUUAAAUGCUAGCUUUUGAGGAAAAAACUAUAUGGGACAUUUGUUGACGUCAGCUUCUAUCAGAUGUAUAUUUCGACGGGGCAUUUUACUUGAUUUUCAGGUUAUGUAGUGUAUUGCAAAUUCACUUUUACUAUAUCUGGUGAGCUACUUUUUUAUAAUAAACUCUCUAACUGAUCUGACUCAGAUGGUGGCACAAAUUUGAGCGCUUUUUGGAGCCAGGUAGGGCACUAAAAUCACUUGUUCAAAGUUCGGCCCUCUACAGUCUGUAGCUGAAGUCCUUGUGUCAUUAUUUCAUAGAUUAAUAAAUUUUAGUAACUGAAAACCUUGUAUGACACAAAGAACUACAGUACAUACACAUUUUCAGAUUUACAUACAAAAAUUCAAUCAAUAAAUAAUUCAAUUAUUUGUGACAAAAUAAAUUAUGAGACUUAUCAACCCUCGGACAUACAAGGGCGGGGGGUUGGAUGCCACCCCUCUGCCCGUAAGGUUUUCUGAGUUUUCUCUCAGAGGAUAUAACAUCAGCACCUGAUGUUUUCAGUAGCUGUUUGUUCAUCCCUCGCACAUAUUUUGAAUCAAGUUCGGUUAUGGUCCAUUUCUAUGGUUAUGAGAUGCGAAUUGAAUAAUGAUUGUUGCAUCACUUGCAUCACUUGCAUGUGCAUUAAUUCACAUGAUUACUGACAUCAGAUGGACCUUAAAACUCAGCACCAGGGCCUUGGUGGUGUCACAUUCCAUGCAUUUCAAAGGACACAGAACAUAACCAUCCUGAGAUAGAUUCUGGAAAAACCUCGCUAUACAGUUAGUGAAGUGCCACUGACCAAUGGUUAUUAUUGUAUCAUUAUAACUAUUAUUAUUUGUUAACAAACCGCUCUUCCUUUCUUUCCACAAUGGCUUCAAUUAAUCAAUGUCUCGUAAAUGUACCAAACUGUUAACUUCCAGGAAAAGAGUGAUAGGGAAGUAAGGAAAGCACUGGAAAGGGAAGAGUUGAGCAAUGAAAAGAUAAAGGAGCUGAGAAGUACGAUUGCCCCAGUGGAAGCAAAGGAAGUGGUAGUUUAUGAUUCUGGGGAUGAGGAUACAUGCUCUGACCUUCUCCGGAAAUGCAAGAUCAGUUUGGAGAGAGGCAGGAAAACAGCCAGGGAAAAUCAACUCAGGGGAAGUCGCCUGCUGGCUCUACUUAUUGGUAAUAAGGCACCCAGUCAGCAAAUGUCUGUCAAAGACCUGAUGGAGCUGGCAAAAGAGAAUGUUACAGUGCCAUCAGCUAAGGCUCCAUUAUCUAGUCUGACCCCUCUGAAAUGCUGCACAACAUCUACUGCUGAUGCAGCCUUACGUGCACAACAAAAGAGGGGCAGGCUAGCAUUAGCU